AAAUUUCAUUAUUGCAAGUCAACGUCUCCAUACCAUUACACGAUACCACAACAGGUAAUACAUGCAUGUAGAUUAGAUAUCUGACAAGAGAAGAUCCCGAAUUUUUCCACUGCAAAAUACUUUAACAGUAUGACUGGUGUUGUCCCUUCACAAGAUUCCUUUGGUACACUGAAAGACGGCACGCAAGUAUCGAGAUUUAGUUUUACAAAUAAAAAUAAUGUGACUGUCCGUGUGAUCAACUAUGGUGCAACUAUUACUGACGUUCUUCUCCCAGACAAAAACGGAUCAGUUGAAGACAUAAGCCUUGGUUUUGAUAGCGUUCAAGAGUACAAGUCUCAGCAUUCCUACAUUGGGGCUGCUUUAGGACGCGUGACCGAGAGGAUAAAAGGCGCGAAAUUUGAAAUUGACGGCGUGGAGUAUAAAGUUUCUGCAAACGACAACAACAUUCACCAGGUUCAUGGAGGAAUUUCCGGUUUUGAUACGAAAAUGUUUACGGCUUCAAUCAACGGCGAUACUGUUGUGAUGAAAUACGUCAGCCUUGACGGCGAAGAAGGCUUUCCGGGGGAAGUAACGGCGGAGUUCACCUUCCGGUUGACGGAGGAAAACGAGUUAAUUCUGGGAUACACAGCUACCACAACUAAACCCACCCCAGUCAACCUAUCAAAUCACGUGUACUUUAAUCUAGCUGGUCACGGAGCGGGGAAUGUAGGCGACCACAUUCUGACGGUAAAUUCCUGUCGCCACAUUCCGUUGGACAAAGAAUACAUACCACUAGGGGACGGGACUAUAUCUGAUGUAAAGGGAACACCCUUCGACUUAACCACGCCCACUCAGCUGAGGGAGCGAAUGAAAGACGUGCUAGUGUCUAACUAUGUGUUUGAAGGUCAUGGAAAGAAGAAACACGUUGCUAAACUCGAACUACCAUCCACCGGCCGAACGGUCGAUUGCUUCACAACGGAACCGUGUAUGGAGACUUACUUCUCUUGUGCCAUGAGAACUAUGAAGGGCAAGAAUGGCGCUACAUACGGAGCUUAUGAAAAUGGCGGGAUAUGUCUAAUACCUAUGCAGUACAGCAGUGCUGUUAAUAUGCCCAAUUUUCCAAACAUGAUUUUGCAGCCAGGACAGACAUACACACAAACAACGUCAUACAAAUUCGGGUUCUAGUGCAUUCCCGGUAAUUAUUCACCGAGGAGCUCCAGAGCUACAGAAAUAUUCAACACUAGCACCGAGGAAGCUAUUGUUAAACGAAAUCAUUAAAUCAUUAAACAUUAAAAUCUUGCAAUUAAACCUUAUUUGAUUAAAACACGUUGGG